AUGGCCACCGGCCAACUCACCAAGUCCCUCAACGAAGACGCCGUGAUGUCGUCCCUCCUCCAUGACAACCAAUCCACCGUCGACGGCGCCAUCCUCAUGGACGUGAUCAAGUGCGAGCGCGACCUGAAGAACCGCGUUGUGCGCUGGGGCGCAUCCAGAACGGCUUGUACAAGCAUGGCGAUUCAACAAGUGCGUACGCCUGGCUCAAUCUCGUGA